AUGACAAGUUGCGCGAUCAAAAUCUGCAGAAAUUACAAAGGACGUUUACAAACAAUUAACAAAAUCUCCUACCAUCGGAUACCUAUCGAUCCUAUAAUUAGAAGUCGAUGGGUGGACAUAAUAAGAAAAAGCCGUGGAGAAGAGUUCUGGAAACCAUCCAAAACCACAGUGAUAUGUUCUGAACAUUUCCGUGAAAAAGACUUGUAUUUUGCAAAUAAUCAAGGCCGGCGAAGAUUGAAAAAGGAAGCGGUACCGAAAAAAGCAUUAUUCUUAUCAUCAGUGAAAUCUGACGAAAGUGAUAUCACUGAUGAAGACGUUGAAAUGACGAUGGAAUAUAACACUGAAAAACAAAAGCCCAUGAAUUUGAAUACUCCCGCAUCAAAUGAAGAGCCUAAAACUUCCUCCUCUAUAGCAUGCACCAAUGUAGUGUGCACUGAUACUUCGUCUCCUUCUAUAAGUCGCGUAGCUCAUAAAGUUUUGGCUAAUAAAACAGCGAAAUCUGAAAAUGAUAUUGAAAUAAAUGAAGAGUUUUCAGAUAUAGAUUCUAUUUUUGACACUCCUAAAAAAGCAAAGUUGAGAAGAGAAUUACGCAGAAAAAUUCGUAUCCAAAAGAAACAUUCUCUAAAAAUGCAAUCGCUUAGAAGAAAAAAUCUACGACUUAAGAAGAAACUUGCAACUUUCAAAGAUAUUCUUAUUACGUUAAAAAAAGAGAGAUACAUAGACAAUGAUACGCAUAACGUUCUAGAUAGUAACGUAUUUGCUGCUGACUUAUAUGCUACAAUGAAAAAAAGUUACAAAAAAAAUCUAAGAGACCUGUAUAUAAAUAUGCACCAGAAUUUAGAAAAUUUUGUUUAA